UCCAAAUCCGCAAAAUCCGUUUAGUGUCUUCUCCUCCUCCAACAUUGAACCGAAAAUCCCACUGCAACUUUUUUUCUUCAGACUGAACAUUAAUUGAGCAAAAGAGAAAUCAAAGCCUUAACUUCAUAGAAAGGUUAGGGUUAGGGCUUUGAUUUCGUUAUUUCAAACAGAUCAACACUGAUUAGUUUUGGACCCUAAUUAUAGGCUCACACAAAUCUAGACCUUGUAUAUGUGUUAAAAAAUUUACAAAAUAACUAUAGAUGUUUGUAUGUGAAUCCAGUUAUUAUUGCAUAAUAUUAACUUGAGAUUGUUGUAGAAACCCGUUAACUUCAAAUCCUGGAUUAGCGUCUGCCCGCUCCCCCUAGUGUAAUUUUUGGAUGUUUGAUUUGGAGGCAUAAUUAAAUGGCGAAGGCACGAGAGCACGAGCAUGAAGAAGCGGUUACAGUGGAGGAAGAAUUUGGAUCGAGCUGCCAAACAAGUCCUCAAGACAAAAGAGAAUUGGUUCGCGAACUUAUUGGUGUGAUUCAAACUGUAGGAUCCUAUGAAGAGUAUAGGAAGUCACAGAGAGAGGAGUGUCAUAACCUUGUUGAAAGAUUGAAGCUUUUAUUGCCUCUUUUGGUAGAGAUUAGGGAUUUUGAUGGACAGAUCCCUGAAUCGGGUAUCGAAUGUUUGAUGAAAUUGAAGAAGGCAUUCUCUUCUGCCAAAAAAUUGUUAAAAACUUGCUAUUGUGGCAGCAAAAUUUACCUGGCCUUAGAAAGUGAAGCUGUUAUGGGAAGAUUUCAUUCUGUGUAUGAAAGAUUAAGUCAGGCUCUGGAGGGCAUGCCUUAUGAUGAACUUGGAAUCUCAGAUGAAGAGAAAGAACAGGUGGAGUUACUGAGAGUGCAAUUUAGAAGAGCUAAGACGCGAAAUGAUACUCAAGACAUGGAACUCGCCAUGGAUCUGAUUGUUGCACUGUCCACUAAUUAUGACAGGAACGUAGAUAGCGCUAGCAUAGACAGACUAGGACACAGGCUAGGUUUGCAUACUGUUAAGGAACUAAGGGCAGAAACAAUAUCAGUACGAAAAGUGAUUAGAGAAAGAAAAGGUCGCCAUGCAGAAGGGACGCAAAAAAUCAUAGAUCUUCUAAACAAAUUCAGACGGUUUGCAGGGCUUGAAGAAACUGAAGCAUUGGUGCCUAAAGAUCACGAGAAAUCGACUUCUUUGGCAAUUCCAAAUGAAUUUCUCUGUCCAAUCACAUUAGAGAUUAUGACAGAUCCAGUUAUUGUCUCAACCGGGCAGACAUAUGAAAGAGAGAACAUACAGCAGUUGCUGGAUUCCAAUUGCCGAACAUGUCCGAAAACGGGACAAAGCUUGGAUCACUUGUCAUUUACCCAAAAUUUUGCUUUAAAGAACUUAAUCCAGCAAUGGUGUGAGAAGAACAAUUUUCAACUUCCUAAAAAGCAGCCACCUCCAAAACCGGAGAGUCCCUCUGUUGAAAGUGAAGGAAAGUUUUUGUCCUUGAUUCAAGAUCUAUCCUCUUGUCAUUUAGAAGUUCAGAGAAAGGCUGUUACAGAAAUCAGAAUGCUUUCAAAAGAAAAUCCAGAAAAUAGAAGAUCAAUACUAGAUAGUGGAGGAAUCCCACCACUUGUGCAGCUACUGUCCUAUCCAGAUUCAAGAGUUCAGGAACAUGCAGUGACGACGCUUUUGAACUUAUCGAUUGAUGUAACAAAUAAGAGACUUAUAUCUGAAGAAAAACCUAUUCCAGCCAUAAUUGAGAUACUGAAGAAUGGAAAUCUUGGUGCUAAAGAGAACUCUGCAGCAGCAUUGUUUAGCUUAUCUAUGCUGGAUGAAAACAAAGAAGCUAUAGGUUCAUUUAACGGCAUCCCACCAUUGAUAGAUUUGUUAAGAAAUGGGACAAUCAGAGGUAAGAAGGAUGCGAUAACUGCACUCUUCAAUCUGUGUUUUAAUGAGCAGAAUGUGAGCUUGGCGACUGAAGCUGGGAUUGUAGCACCGUUGUUUCAAUUAUUGGAGAAAAAAAACUUAGACAUGGUUGAUGAGGCCCUGUCUAUACUGUUACUUCUUGCAACACAUCAAGAUGGAAGGCAAGAAAUGGGAAAACUUUCUUUCAUUGAAACACUAGUUAAUCUGAUCAGAGAUGGCACUCCAAAGAACAAGGAAUGUGCAGUGGCUAUGCUUCAUAGGUUAAGCAUACAUAAUUCAAAUCUUAUGCUCGCGGCACUUCAGUAUGGUGUGUAUGAGCAUUUAGUGGAGAUAGCUGAUAGUGGGACAGAUAGGGGCCAAAGAAAUGCUAAAUCUUUGCUGCAGCUUAUGAGUAAAGCAGAGCAGAUUCCUUGACAAUCCAAGUCAAAAUGUAUCUGUAAGAUGCAACCAUGUAAUCUACCACAUACUACAACAACUACCCAGCUGAAUCCCACAAGUGGGGUCUGGGGAGGAUAGUGUGUACGCAGACCUUACCCCUAUUCCGGAGGAAUAGAGAUGCUGUUUCCGAUAGACCAUCGGCUCAAGAAAAUGAGUAAUCUACCACAUACUAGUGAUUAGCUUUACUUGCAUACUUUUGUAAGAAAUCAAGUUUUUUCUUUUCCC